UUCAAAUGUAGUCUUAUUAUUAUCUUCCAUAAGAUUAAAAAAAAAAAACAAUUCACCUUAGAUAAAUAUAGAAAGUAGAAGUAGAUAACAUUGUUGGAUGAUCACAUCACCAUUUUCGUCCUCUCUUCAGUACUCAACUUUCUAACAACAACCCCUCAAAUUUCAGAAUAUCACUAUACUUCUUGUAUCACUUUCGAACAUCUUCUUCUUUUUCAAGUGCCAAAAUAAAGUCUUCCACCAAACAAUCCCUCAACAAAUUCACACAAAUUUCCCCUUUUCAUUUUCUGGGUAAUUUUCUUUUUUAUUUUAUUUUCUGGGUUUAAUUUUCUGGGAUUUCUGAAAUGAGUUUACUAACAACACCAUCACCAAGAACAACAUGGUGUUAUCAGCUUCAAUUCAAUUUCAAGUUCAGGAAAUCUCAGACGCCAUUGUUGUUAAUCAAAGCUCGGGGUUCGAACCCUGGUAAUUUCCGCCGCCAUAAUCUUCGAGUUCAUUGUGUUGCACAAGAUGAAGCUAAGAGUGGUAGUGGUGAAUCAGAACGGCGUCGUUCUGGGGAUUCUUGGAUUAAUUUGAAUGCUUCUUCUGUUGAUGCUGCUUUGUCUGAUUGGUUUGGAAAUUCUGACCCUGAUGAUUCUGGCCAAAAAAAUGGAAUUGGAGGAAUUCUGGGAGUAGGGCUUGCUGGUGUUUUACUUUUUGCUGGAAUCACCUCUGCUGCAAUAUCAAUGGGCAAGAGGAGCAGCUCAAGGUCAGUGCAAGAGAUGAAGCCGUUGGUGGAACAGCAAGAAGUAUUGUUGUCUUCUGAAGAGGAGGUUUACGGGGACAAAGAGAAUGUAAAUGAUGAUAAAUUUAAUGUGCAGGGUGAAAGUAACGGACCUACUGAAUUUGUUGAUCAAGGGGAACUUGUUGAUGAUACCAAUGUAGAGUCAUUAUUUGUUAGUGAAAAUCCCACAUUGAAUGACCUUGAUGCUUCUGCUGAAGAUAAUUUACAAACUGGUUCCACAUUAUCUGAUGUAAACAGUCCUGAUAUGGUUCCAAACUCAGCCGAAAUUUCUCAAUUAGAAAGUGUAGAUGGCUCCUACAUGACAUCUACUUCCAUAGAUAGGCAGAACACCAUUGUGGUGAGUGAAACAGAAGAUCGCCUUGAUGCUAGGUUAAAUGAUGCUCAAGCUGGUGCUGUGCUCCUUAACACAUAUGAGCAGCAAGAAACCUUCACAGCAAUCCAGGCCGAUGCUUCCAAUGCUGCAGUUGAACCAUCGACUAGUGUAGUUGUGCCUAUCGAUAUUCAAAAUGUAGAUCAUUCAGCCACUGCUAAUGCAACGCUAGGAACUGACAGUGUUCCUGGUGGUGAUAAGCCAGUAAUUGCAUCAGUUACAAGCAAGGAAGACAACGAGGUGAAGAAACCAUCUAUCUUUGAUUCACAAUCUUUGAGAAGCGUCUCUGCCUCUCGUGGAAUCCCUGCACCAUCAUUACUUUCUGCUGCACUUAUGGCGCCUCCUGGAAAGGUUUUGGUUCCUGCAGUUGCUGAUCAAACUCAAUCGCAAGCUUUGACGGCAUUGCAAGUAUUGAAGGUGAUUGAGAGUGAUGCUCAAUCUGGUGAUCUAUGCACUCGUCGUGAGUAUGCCCGUUGGUUAGUUUCUGCAAGUAGUGCUCUUUCACGAAACUUGAUCUUGAAGGUCUAUCCAGCUAUGUAUAUAGAAAAUGUUACCGAGCUUGCAUUUGAUGACAUCACACCUGAAGAUCCCGACUUCUCAUUUAUCCAAGGUUUGGCAGAAGCUGGACUUAUAUCGAGCAAGCUUUCUAGACAUGAUAUGCUUUCUUCUCCUGAUGAAGAUAUAGGUUCCUUCUACUUCCAUCCUGAUAGCCCUUUAUCUCGUCAGGAUCUUGUGACUUGGAAGAUGGCCUUGGAAAAGAGGCAGCUACCAGAAGCUGAUAGAAAGGACCUGCACCAACUUUCUGGUUUCAUAGACAUUGACAGAAUUGACCCAGAUGCAUGUCCUGCACUUGUGGCUGACUUAUCUGCAUCAGAGCAGGGGAUUGUGGCACUUGCAUUUGGCUACACGAGACUUUUCCAGCCAGAUAAGCCAGUCACAAAAGGCCAAGCUGCAAUUGCUCUUGCAAAUGGAGAGGCGGCUGAUUUAGUCAGUGAAGAGCUCGCUCGUAUUGAAGCAGAAUCUAUUGCUGACAAAGCAGUUGCUACCCAUAAUGCAUUGAUGGCAGAAGUGGAAAAGGAUAUAAAUGCGAAUUUUGAGAUGGAGCUUCUGAUGGAAAAAGAAAAAAUAGAUGCUGUGCAGAAAAUGGCUGAAGAAGCAAUGCAAGAAGUGGAAAGGCUAAGAGAAGAGAGAGAAGAAAAAAAUAUUGCCCUAAUGAAGGAACGGGCUACUGUGGAUUCAGAGAUGGAAGUUCUUUCAAAAUUGAGACAUGAGCUAGAGGAGCAAUUGCAAAGUGUCAUGAGUAACAAGGUUGAGAUAUCUUUUGAGAAGGAACGGAUUGAAAAACUCAAGAAAGAGACUGAAGAUGAAAACCAAGCAAUUGUUCGAUUGCAAUAUGAGCUGGAAGUCGAGCGAAAGGCACUUUCCAUGGCCCGGACUUGGGCAGAGGAUGAAGCUAGAAGAGUGCAAGAACAUGCUAGAGCACUGGAGGAGGCUAGAGACCGCUGGGAGAGAAAAGGCCUCAAAAUUAUGGUUGAUGAGGAUCUUCGUGAGGAGGCCUCAGCUGAUAUUACAUGGACCAAUGUGGGGAAAAAGCUAUCAGUAGAGGAAACCACCGAGAGGGCUGAUAAUUUAUUAGACAAACUCAAGGUAAUGGCAGGUGAAGUUGGUGGAAAAUCUAAAGAGAUUAUUAACAGCAUUAUCCAAAGGAUUCAGUCACUAAUCUCAGCCAUCAAGAAAUGGAUUGCCGGGGCAGGCAAGCAAACGACAGAAUUCAGAGAUGUUGCUGUUGCCAAAGUAGGUGGAUCUGUACAAGAAUUGCAACAAAAUGCAGCAGGAUUUGGUACAACUGUGAAGGAAGGAGCUAAGCGCGUUGUUGGAGACUGUAGAGAAGGUGUUGAGAAACUAACACAAAGGUUUAAGACCUGAUGUCUCCCCUCUAUAUUUGCUUAGAGACCAACUGAUUUUUGGCAAGCUUGGAGUUUUUUGUAAUGCUCAUAUAAUUAUUUCUACACUGGAAUUUCACCGGAAUUUUCACAUUAACGUAUGUACACCCCAAAUUGUACAUGAAAGAGACUAUAUUUGUAAUAAUGACAGAGAUCAGGAUACUCGAAUAGCAAGAUUAACAACAUAGCUGAUACCAGCAUAUGUGCUGAAUUUGAAUAAAAGAAGCUAUUCGUAGUAUGAUCUAGUUUUGUAACUACAAAAAGUCAUUAAAUUAGAUCAGACGCAGAACCAUGCAUAACAGCAUAAGAGACUUCUACAAAUUUCCGACUUACUGAAUAAAAUCUCACUUUUAUUGAU